AUUAUUGUCUUUCAAUUGAAUGAAUUGAAGAAAAUAAGGACUCGUUUUGCGGAGAAACGGGAAUUGUUUGAUCUGAAGGACAAACAACUGGUUUUGCAACGAUUUGGUCAUUUGAAGCUAAGGAUGAAGUGCUUUGAUAUUGUGGAUCAUCUUCGGUACCAUAACAUGUGUGUCGAAUGUAUUAGAAAUCUACCAGAUUUUGAAACUAUUUUGAAUGCCGACGAAUUGGUCCAAUUGCGGGAAGUGAUGGACAGAGCGGUCAAAAUUAUUGAUAUGUAUAUCGAUGUGAAUAAUAACCGAAAUAAUGAGUUUCAGCUCUUGUAUGAUGAAGAAGCGGACACUCGAUGGGAAACUCAAGAGAAUGAGUGGUACAUUGAGUACGAAGUCUGGAAUGUGAUGACCGAAAAACUCAUGGAUUCCUAUAAAAGUAUUUUGAAAGACAAAUUGAAUCAAGUGUUGACUCAAGUGACCGAUGCCUUAGCAGUGAGGGAACAAUCCGUCAAAGAGUUGACAUCAUUUACCACUAAAUUUAAGACAGAUCCAAAUCUAUCGGCACUUCUCACAGAAAAUGUUUACGACCUCAUGAGUGAAGGCAUUGCUAAUGGAGUUGAAAAAUAGCGGCUUUUAAUUCAUUCAUUUUA